AAUUCUUGACUCACCAUAAAACUGCAAAACAGAAAAUUCAUUCACCAUUUCACUUCCUCCUAACUUUUUUUCUUUCACUCAAAUUGGAGGCUUAAAUUCGGCUGAAUUUCCUAAAAAUCUUAUAUAUACGCGAUAAUCUUUUCCCUUUUCAUCCCUUUGAUUCAUUUUCCCUAUUGUAUGGCGGUCGAAGAAAGCAGUGGAUUCGCGUAAAUUGAUAUUCAAAAUUCGAUAUCUUGAACAAGUUUUCUGGGUUAAUUUCUUCAAUCCCUGUCUAUCGUCGCCUCGAAUUCUCUGCUACUUUUUCUGGAUUCCUUCGCAUUUCAGCUAGUCAUUUUAUCAGCAGUGCUAAAUGACAUGAGGAGAAAGAGUUAAGAGAUCUGGUGAUGAUGGUUUGCAUGUACGCUGAGUGACAUGAUAUGUUUUGCAAUGAAUGAUUUGUGUCUAUUCCAAGUAGUGAAGUUUGAGACUGGUAAGAAAGCAGGGAAAUAGAAAUUUAUCAGAGCUGGCUUCAACUCUUCAUUUUUCAGUCAAUCUACUCCUAAGGGCAGAUGUUGCAUCUGCCAAAAUUGUUGGGCAGACAAGCCCUUUGCUGAAAAAGGAGGUAGAAGUGCCAGGCAAGAUGACGAAGAAGGCAAUGCAUGAUGUUGGGAUUCAUAAUGUUCCUAUAUGUCGACAAACCAAGGAAGGUUAUUGCUCAACACAUAGCCGUUUGUUGGAGAAGUGUAAGCACGCAAAAAAUAUGCUCCAAGAUCAUGAACCAGAUAAAGAUAAAAGUUCAAGUGCUUCACAAGCUUUUGUCUCAGAACUGAUGCAGUUUCCUUGCUCAGAUUUUGAAAUGGAACAAAAGGUUCCAACAAAUCUUUGCAGAGACAUUGGAGCUCCUCUUGAGGCAUCAGACAGGAGACAGGAGAACAAUGAAUCAUUCUUAACAAGCUCUAUAAGUAAGACAUCUGAUUCGAGAGGAGAUGAUUCUGGUAAGUCAACAUUAAUGAUUGAAAAGGUAAUAUCCACAUCAGGAGCAGCGCCACGCUCUCAGAAACAUGUUAAAGAGACGUCAUUGUUUGAAACCCUCAGAGAACACGAUAUUUCGUUAUCUAAUAUGAGUCUCAAAGACCCUUUCUCUUUGUCUAAUGUUAGUCAAAAUAAUAGCCUUAUAAAUUUAUUAAGCUAUUUUCCGCAAAAGGCUCCUAGUGUUAGCUCAAGGAAGAAGCUUCUUAUUCUCGAUAUCAAUGGAAUAUUAGCAGAUAUAGUUUAUCCUCCUCCCAAGGGAUACAAGGCAGACACUAAAAUUGCAGGACGAGCAGUUUUCACCAGACCUUUCUGCUCUGAUUUUUUAAAAUUUUGUCUUGAGAGAUUUAAUGUGGCAAUUUGGUCAUCAAGAUCCAGGAAAAUUAUUGAAAGACUAAUUAACUACUUGCUAGGUGAUAUGAAGGACCAGUUGAUUUUUAGCUGGGACCUAUCUUAUUGCACUGAGUCAAAUUUCAGAACCCUGGAGAAUAGGCAUAAGGCGUUGGUUUUUAAAGAGCUUAGAAAAGUCUGGGAAAUUUAUGACCCUGAACUUCCCUGGAAGAAAGGUGAAUUCAAUGAAUCAAAUACGUUAUUGCUUGAUGAUACUCCUUACAAGGCAUUGCUCAACCCUCCUUAUACUGCAAUUUUUCCGUAUUCGUAUGACUUCAAAGAUCGUGCAGAUGAUGCAAUUGGUCCGGGAGGGAAGAUUCGAGCAUAUCUAGAAGAGCUAGCAAUGGCAGACAAUGUACAAGAGUAUAUAGAACAACAUCCGUUUGGUCAGAGCGCUAUAACCGAAAGAAGCUUGUCUUGGCAAUUCUAUGACAAAGUUAUCAAGGAACAAACUGCAGUUGCUGCUGGGAGUUGACCUCUUUUUUUUUCUCUUAAUUGAAUUGAAUUUUUUGCAUAUAUCUCACUCAGUUUAGAAGUUUUGGUUUUCCUCUUUCUGAAGGUUGUCAUGAUCAAUGUUACUCUUGAAAGAUUCAUUUAUACAAAAGCAUUACCAUUAUUGUU